AUGUGUCAGGUAAUCUAUGCUGGGUCGUGUGAAGCACUUUUCGAGGAUCAAGUGGGGAAGUUUGACUGGCGUCAACAAUUUGUCGGUUGCCCGCAUAGGGUUUUCUUCGACACUCACGGAAAGAGUGAUCGCUUAUUGGUGUCAACAAAGGAGGAUGUUUUUGCAUCGCUUUCCGCAAAUACGGGCCAGAUAGUUUGGCGACGAAUUCAAGAAGAUGCAAAAGGUCUUGUGCUCCCGAUGGUUGUCGAUGAUAAAGCCAUCUAUACAGUUUCCGAUGUUGGUCGAGUUCUGAGGGUAUGGAACAAGAGGAAUGGCGCAUUGUUGUGGCAAAAAUCGCUUGGCGAGACCAUUCAUACCGAGUUUGUCUUUCCAAAACCUUGUCAGAUAGUGAGAUUUGAAGAUUCAGUGUGCAACCGAGUAUCCCAGUGGUCAAAACUGAGCGUUGUAAAUGAUCAUGUAUACUACUUAUCAAUCUCUAAUGGCGUACUUACUGUCAGAGAAUUUUCUUUGAGUACGGGUGAGGCAAGUGCUCCCACAACAAUUGCUAUAAAGUCCAAUGCGGGUGAUAAGUAA